AAAGCAAAUAAUUUGUGUCAGAUUUUUCUACAAUUGGCAUACGUGUCGGAACUUAAUAAACUUAUUUGGAAAAAUAUCCACUUAUUGCCUAUUAAACUUGAGUUUUAUAAACACUAAAUUAUGAGUAAAAGUUUAAUUGCGGCAGUGGUGCUAUUUUGUGUGCUACAAACCACAUUUGGCCUUUAUUUCCACAUUUCCGAAACGGAGCGAAAAUGCUUUAUCGAGGAGGUUCCCGACGAAACAACAGUCAUUGUUAACUACAAGGUGGAAUUGUACGAUCCUCGUUCUAAUGGAUUUAUGCCCUCAUCACCCGGUAUUGGCAUGCAUGUGGAAGUUCGCGACAGUGAUGAUAAAGUUAUAUUAUCACGCGUAUACAGUUCCGAAGGUCGCAUUUCCUUUACCUCACAUAUACCUGGUGAACACGUAAUUUGCAUGUAUUCAAACAGCACAGCUUGGUUUAGUGGUGCACAACUGCGCGUACAUCUAGAUAUACAAGUGGGCGAGCACGCCAUCGAUUACGCGAAUGUGGCACAAAAAGAGAAAUUAACUGAAUUACAACUGCGCAUACGUCAAUUACUCGAUCAAGUAGAUCAAAUUACUAAGGAGCAGAACUACCAACGUUAUCGGGAGGAACGUUUCCGUCACACAAGCGAAAGUACAAACUCGCGUGUUUUGUGGUGGUCGUUAGCGCAAACCUUCGUGCUGGUCUGUAUGGGCUUUUGGCAAAUGAGACACUUAAAGAGUUUCUUCGAGGCGAAAAAAUUAGUGUAAAAGUAUGCAACAACUGUAGGUAGAUGGAUGCACUCGUUCAAUGGUGAAUAAAUAUUUCUAUUACCAGAACCUUAAUAAUUAUUUAAAGUAACAUUUUGUCGUUUCCACCAUCUAGCUACGAAAGUAGAAAAUUUUCUAUAGUCGACUUUAACCAAAUUCAUCUCUUAUAUUUCAUUGUUCUCUCUCAAAUACUUAUAAAUUAAAUAUUUUAUGAAAGCGAAAGACAUUGUUUAAAUAUACUCCGAAAUGAUUUAAAUUAAAUUACUUCAUUACAUAGAAAAUUAAUCAAAGUAAUUAACUAACAAUGAAUACCACUUAUUUCAGUCUCAUAAUUUUUAGUCUUAAAAAUAAAAGUAAAAAUAUUGUA